AUGGAGAGGCCAACACCAGCACUAGCAUCAAUACGGGCGCCAUCUUUGGCCGCUGGAGGAGAGCCGAGCCAGGGCUCUUCAGGGCCAGCGUGCCUGGUCUGUCGGUCUAGGAAGGUCCGCUGUGACAAGGCCAUUCCCGCAUGCCGAAACUGUGUCCGCCUUUGUGUGGUGUGUCCCGGUUACGAUGAGGGGCACCAGAAUAUCCCCCGUAACCAGAUGGUCAAGUCCACCGAGGACAUUUUCAGGGCUGCCGGCAAGGAGAAGCGGAGGAUAGGUUCCUGCGAGCAGUGCCGCGACACCAAGAGUCUCUGCACCCGUAACCGACCUUCUUGCAAGAGGUGUAUCCUCCGUGGCCUGAGCUGCGUUUACCGGACCAAGCCUGACAAGUCGCCCACGGCUACCCAGCUGUCGGGCCGUGGAACCUCCAUCGGCGGCUCACAGUCUCAAGAUUUGCGGAGCCCCAAUUCGGCAGUCCCCGUAAUCCCCGGCCUCAAGGUCGACUAUCAGCAACUGUGCUCUGAAACACUCCCCCAGGAUGCCGGCUUGAGGUCUAGGCUCAUCAGCACCUACUUCGAUCGCAUCCACCCCUUACGCUGUCUCGCGUUCAUUCAUAAACCGUCAUUUCUGCACGCAUUGGAUUGUGACACGGUUUUGGAGGACUAUGGUGAGCCACUUCUUUAUAUCAUGUGUGCUCUGGGUGCUAGGCUUCUUUUCCUCGACUCGGUGCGCAGUGGGGCAUUGAUUCAUCCACUUGGCCCCAAGAUUCCUGGUGAUACAUGGGCGGAAAAGGCCCGCAAGGAUGUGCUCUCUGAAGCACCUGUUCCAAGUGUUCAGCAUCUCAUGGCUCUUGUUCUUCUUUGCGAGUACGGGCUCAGAACUGACCAAAAUGCCAUGGUCUACGUCCUCUGUGGCUACCUAUUCCGUGCCAUACAGCUUUUGGGCCUUGACUCGCCGCAUCAGCGGACCACAGUCUCGAGUGUGUCGUCUGAGAUCCUCGAGGGGGAGGUAGAGAACCGCAUUGUCUGGGCUUGCUAUCAGAUCGAUCUUCUCUUGGCGUCCGGCGUGGACAGAAAUUCGCUUUGGCGCGGUGACUUCCCUACUAUACCGCUCCCUUGCUCUGAUCGAGAUUUUCUCUCGCCCAUCUAUGUCUCUCCGCGAUUUCUCCCCGACGAUAAGGAUCUAGAUUCGCUCGCUGUCGUAGGUAAACUUGAUCUCCCCUCGCUUGUGACUGUCUUGAUAAAGAUACGAGCGACGGUCCUAAGAUUGAUUCGCACAACACCCCCAGCCGAGCCCAACAUUUCAGAUCCUUCGUCCCCGUUUAUGAGCUUGAUUCAGCAGCUGGAGACCUUCUACAAGCAUAUACCUGACAUAUUCCGCCUUACUCCACUUAACUCCUACAUCCACAAGGAACAAAAUAUCGCAGGAGCAGUCUUCUUCCUCCACAUGAUAUAUCACGCAGCCGUGUUCGACUUGACCAGGAUAUCGCUUGCCGGCUUCAACUUCCCGCUCGCUAGCGCCCUCGCUGGCGCGCCGCCCAACUUUAGAGCCGAUUGCCAAAAACGCUGCCGCUUCCAUGCAAAUGAGGUUUCAAAUGUGAUUAGGCAGGGCUUUAGACACGGUUCAGUCACCUUCGAUCAGCCUUUCUGUGCAGAUGUCGCACUGGAAUCCGCCAAGAUUCAAAUAAUCUAUACUAGCACCGUGGCUAAUGACGCCGAGUCCGUUGAGUUGACGAAGACCAAUCUUAGGACGAAUCUUCAGCUUCUUAAAGUCUUACAUGCAGGCAUGGAUGGCUUGAGCCCCUAUAUUCGGGCCAUCAUACCUCUCUGCAUGAUCUUCGGUCUGCAGGAUAUUGCAGUCGAGUGGCGAGAGCAUCAUAUAUCACCAGAUAGCCAGGCCGAGGUGACCGGGUCCGCAGACAUACAUCACCUAUCCACGAUGGCUCCGUUUCGUAAGGCCAGGUCUGAAGUUCGCACCAAGCAGGUGGGAAGUACCGGUUCCGAGACAAUGUCCUCAGGAGGACCGGCAGGCUCGCCGAACACAUCCAUAUUGAACCAGAAUCAGCAGCCUUUGUACGAUCUCGAAGAGCGCCUUCCGACACAUGCUCAAUUUUGCACUACUCAUCAAGGGCCGGUGGUGGGGGCGGCGCAUGCAAAUCACCAGCCGGUCUACAGAAUGGGAGCUGGUGGUGUCUCAUUAAUAACCCAGGAUGUAUCGAUGCUGCCGGAACAGCAGUCAAUGGAGGACUACAUCAGAACGGCCGAUGAGAUGGGAAAUUACCUGACAUGGGAUGUCUCUGACUUAUCGGAGCUUCCUCCAUGGAUCACGCUCGACCUCCCAUCUCUACCAAGCUAG